CGAAAAAGCCUCACUUCACAAGCAGCGGGAAUGAGCAAAAUUGGUGGGCGAUCAAGGGGAGUCACGUCUAUCAGGAUAUUUUGGAAAUGUGUACAUGAAGCAACGCCACAGCAACGACGCUUGUGCUCCAUACCUUGGCACUAUCGGCCAACACGAAUUCCAAAAGCGAAACAUAUUCCCUUUAGGACGCAGCAUGCUCCCCGACAGCAAACCAUUCCCUUUUCCCGCUUCCUAUCGACUGAAAGCACCUCGGAACGUGAAUGCUGGCGCUGCGGUGCGAAGUUGCCAAGGUCUGCGGUAUUCUGUCCCGCGGAGCGUGGUCUUAUCCAGCCCACCUAUGAUGAAGCAACAUACUAUGACGUUCUUCUGCCAGAGCUCGCGCCCGGCGAAGCAAAGUUUGCCUUUGAUGUGGAUGAGCGAUUACUGCGAAACAAAUUUCUAAGGCUUCAACAGGCUGUCCAUCCUGAUGGAUACGGUCAGAAGUCACAGACUGAGAAACUUUGCGCAGAGCAACAGUCCUCGUUCAUUAACAAAGCAUAUCAGGUCCUUCGCGACCCACUUCAACGAGCACAGUAUCUGCUUGAGCUGAACGGUGUUUCGAUUGAGGAAGGCGAGUCCAUGAAUGAUCCCGCCUUGCUGAUGGAGGUUUUGGAUGCUCGUGAGCGUCUGGAAGAAGCGCACGCGCAGAGUGAGAUUGAAGAAAUUAGAAGAGAGAAUGAAAAACGGAUGGAGGAGACUAUCGACCAGUUGUCACAAGCCUUCCGAGACAGAGACUUAGAUGCGGCCAAACGGCUUGCCAUUCAGCUACAGUACUGGGUGAAUAUCAAGAAGGCAGCUCAGGAAUGGAUACCUGGUAAAAGAAUCGAAAUACAUCAUUAAAGUCACGCAAUUGCAAUGUGAAAUAUUUGUACAUAUUCGAAUCAAAAAGCAAAGCUAGAUUGCUAAAUUAGCAUGUGAGCGAGCAGUGGUAGUGUACAGUAAACCCUCGAGUGUCCAGUAUCCCAUCCUCAACCAGAAAUAUUUACAAAGAACUCUCUGAAGAUGGAUGUAAUAGUAACGUCCAACCUUAUU